CACCACAUUUACAGACAGAGCCAAAAGGUGUUUUCCACAGCCCGCUGAACAGACUUGAAAUUCAACAUGCCAAAAGGAGAACACAAAUCUGCAGGUGACGUUUCAGCAGACGACAAUGUUGUCACUGUUGUGCUUCUAGGACAAAACAGCACGAUAAAUGCCUUGUAGGAAACACAAUGCUUGGAUCACAAUGUUUCCAGCCGGGAAAAUGCAUGUAUCAAAAAGCUCUGGGAAGAGUCAGGAACCAGCUGCUCUACAUCAUAAACACCCCUGAAUUUUUCUGGAGCCCAAACCAAGAUCCGGAAAUGAAUGCUACUGAGGCAAUGAAGCCAUCGUACCCCGGUUCACGCAUGUUCCUGCUGGUUCUCCAGGAUAAACAGCUCUCCGAUGAAGAAAUGGAGAUGUUCACCAAACUGAAGGAGAGAUUUGGAGAGAAGAUAGUGGAGAAAAUCACUCUGGUGCUGAUCGAUAGCAAAGAGUCAUCAGAAGAGUCUCGCGACACAGCAGAUACGAAUCUCAAACAGAUUUUGCACGAAUGCAAUGAAAGAAUGUGUGUUUUCAGCAAAGAUAUAAGAGGAGUUGAUCUGGUCCGACAACUUCUGCCAGAGAAACAAGAUGAGGAUCCUGACAGGUCAAAUGUUGACAUUAAUAAGCAUAUUAAUCCAGAGGAAAAAGAUGAGCCACAACAACCAAAGCCAAUGCAAGAGGAGAGCGUGAACGCCAACCGUUCUGGAGGUGAAGGCAUGAUCACGCGGUGCUGCUGGGAUUAA